CGCGACGUACGUCAAUACUUCAGUCGUCAAAUAGAGACAAAAGAGUGUCAAAGUCAAAAAGUCGAUCGAAUUUUUUUACAAACAAUAAAAUUAUAUAUUUUGAGAAAUUCUUUAUUAAAAAAAAAUAAAACAAAAUGCCCCGUCGAGGAAGGUCUGCUAGCCCCCCACCAGCACCAAGACGUGCUGCCUCAUCGAAUUUGCCAGCAAGGGCCCCUCCAGCAGCCCCGCCAGCCCAUGCACCUGCAGCCGCUACACCCAUGCAGGCCCAACAACAGCCAUCUAUGUUCCAGCAGAUGGCUGCAACAGCUGGAGGAGUCGCUGUUGGAUCCGCUGUGGGUCAUGUAGUAGGAGCCGGUAUAACUGGUCUCUUCUCUGGUGGUUCCUCCAGUGAAGCAGCACCUGCACAAGCCCCUCAACAAUUGCAACAACAAGCUGCUGCUUACCAAGGCCAAGAACCUACUGGACCUUGCGCAUGGGAAAUCAAACAAUUCUUGCAAUGCGCACAAGGACAAUCUGAUUUGACUUUGUGCGAAGGAUUCAAUGAGGCAUUGAGACAAUGCAAGACAGCUCAUAGUAUGUAAUUGGAAUAAAAUUAAAAGCAAAAAGUGAUGGUAUUGUAGUAGUGACAAAACUGAACUGUGAGCACUUGUAGAUAAAUAUGUAUUGAAAUUUAUGAAAGGUUUGAUAUUUUUCUGUUUCUGUACAGUAAUUUCUAAAAAUAUUGUUUAUUUUUAAUAAUAAAUUAUCAAUCCAAUUUUUUGCUCUGUAAAUUUAAUAAAUUGUUAUUUGGCUUUGUUUACAGUUCCAAUAGCAUUGAUGAAAUUAAUGAACAAUAAAUGAAUCAUUCAUUAGUAUUUCAAGAGUUUUUCUUACAUGUAAAUAUUCUAUGUUGAAUGUAUCUUAACAGAUUUUGUGCAAUUAAAUUUAACAUUUGAAGACUAUCAACAUUUUAUGUGCCAGUGCUCCUAAUAAAUAGUUAAUAUUAGUUCAUAUUUUAGAAUCAAUUUAAGUUUACUUGUAAAAUAGAUGCAGUAUAUAAUAUAAAUAGGGGUGUGCAUUUUAAAGUUUGCAUUGUAAAACCAAAUACUUCUCAUAUUCUGAUGCAAAUACUUCAAUAAUUUGUUAUUGUUGCAAUAAGCACCCAAAACUGUUGUAAAUGAAGUUGCAUGAUGUGUUAAAAAUAUCAACGAAUAUUCAACAACAUAAGUCAAGAAUGAAAUGUAAUUUCUGUAUAUAUAGGUCUGCAUAUGAUUUGUUUGUUACGAUGUGAAAUUUCAAUAAAUUGUUGACUUCGUUGAA